GGGGAGGGGAGGGCGGGUUGUGGAGCCCUGAUGUCACACAGCCCUACAUAAGGGCCUCCUUUAGGCUCCUGAGGGCGGUUUGGAAGCAGCUGGAGGAAUGAGUUAGGUCCCGGCUGUGGGGAUUUUUUUUAAGUCAGACACAGGCACAGCUGUUGCACAAAAUGCAGACUCCACAGAAAACCCAAAGCCUCAGACCCUUCAAGCAGAGGAAGAGUUUAGCAACCAGACAAGAGGAAGUUGCUGGAAUCCGGGCAAAGUUCCCAAACAAGAUCCCGGUGAUAGUGGAGCGCUACCCCGGGGAGAAGUUCCUGCCUCCGCUGGACAAGACCAAGUUCCUGGUCCCGCAGGAGCUGACCAUGACCCAGUUCCUCAGCGUCGUCCGGAGCCGCCUGGUCCUCGGGGCCACGGAAGCCUUUUAUUUGCUGGUGAACAACAAGAGCCUGGUCAGCAUGAGUGUGACCAUGGCAGAAGUCUACAGGGACUUCACGGACGAGGACGGCUUUGUGUACGUGACCUACGCUUCCCAGGAGGUGUUCGGCUGCUCGGGGUCAGGGCGGACCCUGCCGUCCUCUCCAGGACAUGUCGGGAAGCAGUCCUUGAACCGGUGGAGGGAUGGAGCGCCUCCUGUGUGUGUGUCGGGCCAUCCAGGGAGCCGUGCUGCACAUCUGUGAUCGGCAGCGCCCCCACGACAGGAGGCCGGGCCGUCCCUGUAUCUUUGUGGGGCUCCUUGCUCUUGCGCGCUCUGAGACAGCGGGGGGCUCCUGGGAUUCUGUACCUACUGAGUCUCUUCCGAGUAAGAAACGGUGAGCUUGUGUGACGGUUUUCUGCGAUGAGCUGGGGAUGGAUUUUAAGUGACUUCGGUGGUGGAAGCUGGCAGGCCCUUGGGGAGCUUGAGUUCAGCCCCGUGUGGGGAGGAGUCCCACGUGGGCUCGGUCACAGGGACCAUCGGGCAGUGGUCGGGUCCCUGUGGAGCCCCCACAUGGAGCCGGUGUGAACGGGCUCAUCCGGGGGCAGGGGCCUCCUCUGUGUCCUUACAGAGAUGAUCGCUGUGUUUCCACUGUGUUCACUUGACUUGCUUAUUUCCUCUUAGAUUGUAUUUUGUGUGUUUGUGUCUAAGAUGCCCCCGUUCAGUAUAAAGUCACGGAACCCC